UGCUGACAAGAGUUUAUUUUGAUAUCUGUGGACAAGAGUUCUAUUUACGAACUGAAGUAAACAAAAGUUUAAAAAUUAUUUUAUUGAAAUGGUCCGGAAGAGAAAAGUUAAUUCAAAUACUUCAAGUGGUGGAAAUGAGAGAAUUGAAACUUUUAAUGAUCCAAAGUUCCGUUAUAAAUGUUACGUUAAUUUAGAAAAUUGUGAUUUCUCGAAUUAUUCUGUUGGCUCUACCAACAAAAAGGAUUCAGCCAAACAAACGGAUGGCAAAGGAACUAUCUCUUCAAAAAAAUCAAAAAUGUUGACAGUGUUCUCAAAUCAACAGUGCAUUCCCGAAAGCGAGGAAACUUAUUCAGUUGGACCAGAAGAGGUUGAAACUAAUCCUAGAAUUGUACAAUUCAAGCAACAACUACCAAAUUCUUACCGACAAAUUAAUCAACCUAAAACUGGCGGGUCAGUUAUGUCAGCUCCAGAUUUACCAGAAAGAAAAUUUUUGAGAGCCAGGAAAAAAGUGAACUAUAAAGAAAAGAAAUCUAUUGGUACACCAGAAGUGAGCACAAUAGCUUCACCAGGGAGCAGAAAAAUGCCUAUAUAUAAAAAAGUAAAGAUUGAUUCACCAAAAUCUAAAAAGAGGAAAGGGGAUUUAUAUGACUUUGUACAGGAAUCGGAUGAAGAGAAAGAUUCUGAUGUUAGUUUCAAAAUUAAUUUGCCUACAAAAAAAAGGAGAGUUAAUCAUCAAAUGAAGUUUCAUGAAAAAGAUAUAUAUCGAAGAGUUAAUAAUGCCAAAGUGAAUAGGGAAAUUGAAACUAUUAAGUAUAAGGAUAAAAUACACAGAAUAAUGAAUAAGUUUGCCACCAAAAUCAGAAGCAACAAAGAAAAUAAUGAAACAGUUGAAAAACAUGUAAUUUCCAAAAAAAAAAUUGCACAGGGUGUCCAAAUUGAGAAAAAUCUGGAGCCCAUUAUCGAUACAGUCUUUAAUUCAACCAUGUUACCAGAAAGAGACAAAAUGAUAUUUUUAGAUGAGUCUAUUAUACCUAGUGGUAGUAAAGAACAUACUUUAAAACCAAAUGUAAUGGGUAGUGUGAAAGUCAAUAACACCAGGAAAAUAUGCAUACCUGCUAGUGAAAAUUCUAGUCUUAACACAGGUCAAGAUAGCUGCUCAAACUCAUUGUCUCUUAACUCCCUUAGUGACAUGAGCAUAAGAUCAUUCGAUGGGAAUGUUGAUAACUUAUUCGGCUUUGCGGAUGAUGUGGGAGCUGCUGAAGAGGUACCUGCAAAUCACAUCAAUAUCUUACAAAAUGUUAUUAUAAAUAGACCCACACCUUCAAUGCCAUACAUAUCCACCCCAAAACGUUUCAAAGAACAGAAAUCCUGGAGAUUCGAUUCUGAUGUUGUCAAUAGAAACCCACACUUUAUUGCUUUAAAAAAAAAUUCCUUGCCAUCUCUCAAUCAAGAGCCAGUUUUAGAUCAUACUUUCGAUGAACGUAUCAAAGGAGUGAAUAAAAUGGUUUCAGUUCCUACAAAAAAGUCCUCACCUAAACAACAGAGUAUAUUAAGCUUUGUUGAAAGAACUAAUGAAAACCAUAACUAUUCACAAAGCUUGUAUGAUAUCGAUGAAUUGAGCCCAACUAAAGAUAAGAAUGGAGAUAAAGAAAAUUCAUUAGAGAAGAAAUUGAACAGUAAUGAAAAAAAACACACUCGAAGGAAUAUUUUAGGAGUCAUUAAUGAUAUUAAUACAACUAAUUCUCCUACUUCUAAGAACAAUGGAGUUUCAAUAGAAUUGAAAACCAGUACAUCAUGUUCCGAUGAUAGUUCUAAGGAACAAGAUAAUUUUGGGUUUGAUUCUAUUUCUGGAGUUUCAAAAAAAAAUACAGCCCUUGAUAAAAGUGCGAAACCAUUCAGAAUCGAGAUGACAUACAAAAAAUAUAACAGGGUUGAUAAAAUUCCAGACAAGAUGAAACAACCAGUUAGGGAUUCUGAACUAAGGAGACUCAUUGAGGAUGAUCCAGGAUUCGACAAAGUUGUAGAUAAAGAUGGGUUAGAUUGUGGUGAACUUGGAUUGUUUGAGGAUUUCAACCAAACUACAGAACCUUUCAAAAAUUACAAGACACACUCAAAAAAGAGGACAGAUCGAGAAACUGAUAAAAAUAAAAUAUCAGAGGCGAAACUCAGUAAAGGAGCUCAGAAGUGGAUAAAAGAAUUCAAUAAAAUGUGUGAUGAAGUAGAACAAGAGCAGCUUAAUAUCGAAUGAAUUGCCAUAUUUUUUUCUUGAACAGUAUGAUACCAUUGCUGUUCAAUUUUACAAGUAUACCAGUUUUUUGUCUCACAAUUUAGAUACUAGUGAUUUUCUUGUGUCAUAUAUAUUUUCUUUUUUCACCAUUCGAUUUAGUUUUUUAGUGACAUCGAAGAAGUGCCUUUUAUUUUAUACACACAAGUUGUUUAUCAAAAAGUAUAUAACUAUAUCAACAUAUUUUACUCUGAAUAUUAUUGAAGAUAAGGUUGAUUACAGUUAUUAUUAUAGUUUUGAAAUUCCUCACUUAUCAUUUACACAGUUAUACAGUUAUUUCAUGUAUAUGUAUUAUUUAUUUUUGUUAAAUGAAUAAAUCAAUGUUGAAACG